AUGUCGCUUCUAUUUAUUUUAAGUUCUUAUUUUGAAAAUUGGGCUUCUAUUAUACCUGUAUUGUUGAUAAUUUACGUAGCAAAUUUCUACUACAACUACUUUACGCGUCCAAAUCCAUUACCAGGACCCAUACCAAUUCCUAUACUCGGAACUGUUCACAUAAUUGGAAUAAAUCCUUACUUAUGGUACAUUAACAAUAUUGAAAAAGCUGGUACAAUUUGGGAAUUCUAUAUUGGUCAUCAACGUCAAUUAGUGGUAAACCACGCAAAACAUCUUGAAAAGAUUUAUAAACCAACACCAAAAUUUUUUGAACGAAUGGAACUUCCUUCACUUGAAAAAUUUGGAGUUUUAAAAGGAUUAAUAUUUAAUAAUAAUUAUAGUGCAUGGCAUAGAAAUAGGAAAUUUGUAGCUCCUGUAUUAGCGUCACCAAAAUUUUUAAGAGGAUUCGUUAUUAGUAUACAAAAAUUAUUUAAAGAGUCUGAGAAUAGAUGGAAACCAGUUAUAAAAAAUGGAAUAGAGUUUGAUUUUAGUGUAUGGAUAAAAUGUUUUACAACAGAUAUUACAAUUCAUCACGUUACAAAACAACCAUCUUAUAGUUUAGCAUCAUUUGAUACAAAUAAUGAAAUUGUUCAAUCAGAGCAAGUUAGAAAAUCAUUAAAUUUUACUAAUGCAGUAAUAGGUUUUAUUACCACAGCAACUUAUUUGCUUUUUAUCCCUUCAUUCGUAAAUAAGUAUAUACCAGGUUUUAGAUCAUUCAAAGAGAAAUGUGAUCGUAGUGUUAAAUAUAUGAAUGAUACUAUAAUUGAUAUUAUCGAAAAAAGAAAAAAAGAACUUGAAGAAGGUGCAGAGAUAGAACCCGAUUUGUUAGAUCACCUAUUAAUAGCUCAUACACCAAGGGAUCCUGACUACAAAGAAUAUGAUCAAAUAGUUCCUAUGAAGGCUUAUGAAAUUAAAGCUAUUUUGUGGGACAUUCUUAUGGCUGGCGUUGAUACGACCGGCAAUACAUUCAGUUUCCUAGUAUAUAAUGUUGCGAAAAAUCCAAAAAUUCUUGCUAAAAUUCAUAAAGAAAUCGAACAAGUUUUUGGAUUAGAUCCAAAUAAUGAAUUUACUCUUGAAAAACUUGAAAAUUGUCGUUACAUUGAAGCAUUGGUUAAAGAAUCAUUACGCCAUAUUACAAUAGCACCUCUCACCUUGAAAGUUUUAGAAGGAGAAGAAAAUGUAGCUGGAUAUAAUUGGCCAAAUGGAACCAGAUUUUGGAUAGACCAUCAAACUAUUUUGAAUAAUCCUGAUUAUUGGAAUGACCCAGAAAUUUUUAAUCCUGAUAGAUUUUUAAGUAAGGAAUAUGGUGGUACUUUUGAAUUUUCGAACAUGCAAAAGAAUGCUUAUAGUCCAUUUGGUGGUGGUAUCAGAAUUUGCCCUGGGAAAUUUAUGGCAAUAAAUGAAAUUAAAGCUUUAACAGUUCUGUUUUAUAGAAAGUAUAACGUAGAAUUAGUUAAAAAUAAUGAAAAGAUAAAAUAUCAAUUUUAUGGGGUAAAUCAGGUUUAUGAUCUACAGGUUAGAAUCAGCUUAAAAGACAUUUCUUCAUUUCCCUAA